GGGCCCCGCCCCGCCGAGGCCCGCAGGGGGCGGGGCCGUGCGUGCUCGCGCCCGCCCGGCACGUAGCGCGAGCACGCACUUCCUCAGGCCGCGUUCGCCGGGCCACACCAAGGCGGCCGGGCACCAGGGAGCAAUGGCAGCCUCCUCUUCAUCCUCUUCAGCUGGCGGAGUCAGUGGAAGCUCUGUAACUGGAUCUGGGUUCAGUGUUUCGGAACUUGCCCCACCACGGAAAGCCCUCUUUACGUACCCCAAAGGAGCUGGAGAAAUGUUAGAAGAUGGCUCAGAAAGAUUCCUUUGUGAAUCCGUUUUCAGCUAUCAGGUUGCCUCUACAUUAAAGCAAGUGAAACAUGAUCAACAAGUUGCUCGGAUGGAAAAACUAGCUGGUUUAGUAGAAGAACUGGAAGCAGAUGAGUGGAGGUACAAGCCAAUAGAGCAGCUGCUGGGGUUCACUCCAUCCUCGGGCUGAAAGCUUUGGGAUCACUGGUGUUAAAAGACAACACAAAUAUACAACAAUCAGGAUUGAUUUUUAAAUACGCUGCCAUUUAUCAGUGUGUUCCCAGCUGCCUCAUGUUUUUUUAAAUCCACAUCAGGUAGCUCUGUAAUAGUAUCCAGUGAAGUUGCAACCACAAAAUUGUAAAUCCUUUCAGUCGUCUUCAGUGUAGACAUUUGGUAAUAAUUCACCAGGGCCUGAUUUCUGUAACUUAUGAAAUACAAGAAGUUUUAAAGACUUGGAGAAUAACCUAUUUUAAAAAACCCAGUCAUUUCUACUCACAAUGGAGUGUACAUGGCUGCACUGGCCAGGUAAUAUCAAUUAUUCAGGACCUGCAUACCUUUGCUGUAUUGAGUCCAAAUCCUGGAGGGCAAAAGCACAAGGCACUGAAUGGAAAGAAGGUUCUUUUUGAAGAAGAAUGUGAUGAUAAACUGUGCGGGGUCAACUGAAGAGGAAAAUAUUAACUGAUUUCUAUAUUUAGAUCUCCUUGUUUUUGCUGAGUCUUUUCUCUCUGCUGGCAUGUUUUUUUUUUGACUGUACACAGAAUAUUAUGAGAAGGGAACUGCUGUUUAAUGCAGAGGCAGUGACUCAAGACACCAAAAACUGCUCUCACCUUACCAUAAUGUAUAAAACUAUUCUAUGGCCAAUAAAUUUCAAGAGUUUGAAA